AAGCUGUGCUUCAACUGCUCCUUGGCGCCGACUCCCUUACACCCUUAAGCCUCUACACUUCUCGCCCAUCGCAUUGGCGUCAAAAGCGGCUGCAUAAAUAUUGCUAAGCUAAGACGAAAGCAACGUCAAGCCAUGGACAGUAAUGGAUCUGGAGUUCUGAUGCACCUCAAUUACCAACUAAACUAUUUUUCUUAGUGCAAAUGCAGCGCAAAUCAUGCAAGCAGCAGCAGUGAGGAGAAAGAGAAAACGCACGAACAGAUGAACAACACACGAGCAUACAUCUGGCCAAUUUGCCGAGCCAACACGAGGCUGCGCGUCGGGGCGGCAGCUCUGCAAUCGGGGGCGUCCCAUGCACCACAACAACAUUCGCCGGCAACUGCGGCGCGCAGUAUGCAAAACAAACCCGAAACGUGCAGUUGGCAUUGGCAUCGCAGCGACCCGAACCGACCGCAGCAAAAAGCGUAAAGCGGCCCAAAGCAACAGUGCGUAGAUCUGCCAAAUCUGCGACGGCAACGACGCUGGCAGCGCUAAUAUAAAUUAGCAGAACGCAGCGAAAAUAAACAAACAAUUCUGCAGGCAGUCGGACGCAGGCAGCAGCACAAAUAAUUCAGACAGUGAAAAAUAACAGAGAAAUUCGGGAAAUUCGAGAAAUCACAGAAGCGUUUGCCAAAUAUUUUGAGAACCUCAAAACUAUCAAAAAAAGAAAGAAAGAAAAAAGUGCGUGCUGCUUGGGAAUUGGUCAGAACGGAGUCCACAACCCGACACUAAGAUGGGCCGUGUGCCAAGGCGGCAACUGGCGUCGCAUAAUAAUGGCUAAAUAACAAACCGAAAGCUGACCAUGUUUGCAAAGAUUGCAAAUGACACAACAACAAUAAGGAUAGAAACCGCAACAAACUAUAUAUAUACAUAUGUAUUUAUGUAGAGAAUAUUAACUUUUCAGGACAAACAUGUGGCUAUUGAUUGUGGGCCUUCAUUUGGUCGGUGGCAGCCCAACAGAGUCACAGCCAGAGUGGCUGUUAACGGGAAACACAAGCACAGCUCCAUUCAACUAUCCCAAUGAUACCAUCUAUAGCACACACUCCAGCGAGUACUUGCCAACUACGGGCAGCUCCAUUCAUAGCACGGAUCUGCCCACCUAUCAGCACUGCAUUGCAACACGCAAUUCGUUUGCGGAUUUGUUCACGGUUGUGCUGUAUGGUCUGGUUUGUAUUGUGGGCCUGUUCGGAAACACGCUGGUGAUAUAUGUUGUAUUGCGCUUCUCCAAAAUGCAGACGGUGACCAAUAUCUAUAUACUCAAUCUUGCCAUAGCCGAUGAAUGCUUUUUAAUUGGCAUUCCGUUUUUGCUCUACACGAUGCGCAUUUGCAGCUGGCGUUUUGGGGAGCUUAUGUGCAAGGCGUACAUGGUGAGCACCUCGAUAACAUCGUUUACAUCCUCCAUCUUUCUGCUGAUCAUGUCCGCGGAUCGCUAUAUGGCUGUAUGCCAUCCGAUAUCAUCGCCGCGCUAUCGCACCCUACACAAUGCCAAGGUUGUGUCGGCGCUGGCAUGGAGUACUUCGGCGGUACUGAUGCUGCCGGUAAUGCUUUAUGCCAGCACUGUGGAGCAGGAGGACGGCAUUAACUACUCGUGCAACAUAAUGUGGCCAGACGCAUACAAGAAGCACUCGGGCACCACCUUCAUACUGUAUACCUUCUUUCUGGGCUUUGCGACACCCCUGUGCUUCAUACUCAGCUUCUAUUACUUGGUCAUCCGAAAGCUGCGUUCGGUGGGACCCAAGCACACGACCAAGUCAAAGGAGAAGCGUCGCGCCCAUCGUAAGGUAACGCGUCUGGUGCUGACCGUCAUCACAGUCUACAUCUCCUGCUGGCUGCCGCAUUGGAUGUCCCAAUUGGCGCUGAUUAACUCAAAUCCGGCGCAGCGUGAUUUGUCGCGUCUGGAGAUACUCAUAUUUUUGUUGCUGGGCGCUCUGGUCUAUUCAAACUCGGCGGUUAAUCCCAUACUCUAUGCUUUUCUCAGCGAGAACUUUCGCAAGAGCUUCUUCAAGGCCUUCACCUGCAUGACCAAGCAGGACAUCAAUGCCCAGCUGCAGCUCGAACCCAGCGUGUUCACCAAGCAGGGUAGUCGCCGUCGUGGCGGCUCCAGGCGUCUGUUGACAACUAAUCCGCAACAGCAGCUGGAGCAACAGCCGCCACUUCUGGCGCUUCACGUGGGCAACAACAACUCAUCGACAACCACGUCAUCGACGACAACAGCUGAAAAAACUUGUUCCACAAAUGCUCCAAAGUCGUGUAGCUCCAAUGGUAAAUUGACAGUGCCUAGCUCCUCAACGGCGCCUGAAGCAGAGAAUCUAAUAAUCUGCCUGAGCGAACAGCACGAAGCGUUUUGCACAACGACGCGGCGUGGAUCGAGCCUGAUGCAACAAACGGAUCUUUAAAACUUGUCAAUAAGUUUUAAUGUGUACUUAAUUAAAAGAAAACCUCUGAUUAAACGUAUGAAGGUAUGUGUGUACUAUAUUAAACUAAUGAGCUUAGGCAUUUAAAUAUUUACUAACUUUUUCUACUAAAUGUGUGUGGUACAAACUUUCACUUUCUCACAAACAGUAUUAUAAGAGAACCUCACAAAUAGUCAACCAUAAACCCAAGCUGCUGCCCUUAGCUUUUCUUAGUUUUUUAAUCAAAUAUUAAAUACUUCAAAGCAUAUUUAAUGCGACGAAUUUUCAGAAAUAAUAUAAGAUUAGAAGUAAGUCUUCAAUUUAAAUUCAAGGGGUUUUCCUUGAAUGGUGCAUUAGGCCAAGAACAUAUAAAUGUAAUAGAAUAAAGUUAAAA